AUGCCUCGCAGAAAAGAGACGGUGCGCAAUGGGAGCACUUUGCGGCACGAUCAGCGCUGCGGUGAAUCCCGAUCCCGAGUCUUAGCUGAAAUCAGACUGUCGGAACUUCAUGGAAUGAUUAUCGUGGCGUGCGUGUUUUGGAUAAAUUUCUGUCUCUUCGGACUCCUCCGAUCCGGUGCGCUGAUCUACGUCGAAUUGGUCACCACGUUCAACUGCUCAUACGAUGUCGCUUCGUGGCCUCUGUCGCUGGCGGGAGCUUCGAUUUGUAUGAUAGGACCGGUGGUGGGCUUGAUGGAGAAAAUUAUAUCGAUCAGAGCGAUCGUAACAUGGGGAAUUUUCAUAGCGUCCGCAUCUUGCGCGCUCUGCUACUGGGUCUACGACGUCGGCUACUUUGUGAUCCUGAUCGGUCUCCUGUAUGGGUUGGGAACCGGGCUCACGUGUACGCUCACUCCGGUUCUCCUGAACGAGAGAUUCCCUCCCGAGCAGCGUACUUUGGCGAACGGGAUAGCCUUUUCUGGAUCGUCAGUUGGAUCGUUCGUGUGGCCUUUCCUGCUCGAAUGGCUCGUUAAAGAAUUCAACCUCCGCGGCGCCAUGCUCAUCUACGGCGGUUUGAUCCUGAACGCGCUACUCGGCGCCCUCUUCCUACGUAGGCCGAAUGAGGUUGCUCGGGACGGAGUCAAGCGAGGCAAGCGCGAGGAGCGCAUCGGGAACUCAGACGAAAUCGGAUCUCUGUUCGAUCAGACAGUGAAACCUAGCAUCAAGUUUGCUGAAAAAAAGGAAGAAAAAUCCUCGCCUCUGGUCCGAUGCAUUAAAACGCUCCAGAAGGAUCUGAGCGUUUUUCUGGAUCCUUAUUUUCAACUGAUAACUAUUUCCCAAGUCUGCUUCCUCUUCGUAUACGUCACGGUUUUCAUUGUGAUAACGGACUACGCGAUGGAUAGCGGAAUUCAACGCUCCGACACCAUGUUUCUGAUGACGAUCUUCGGCAUAUCGGACCUGAUCAGUAAACCGCUUCCAGGGAUGCUGACCUACAACAACUUUCUCACGACGAAAGCUUUACUCAUAAUCGGAUCUGUUGCCAUGGGCGUCAUAUGCUUCAUCUUGCCGUAUACGCGGACCUACUUGUGGUUCGCCAUCAUAGCCUUCAUCUACGGUCUGCUGACGGGUGGUCUCUCGUUCAUCGGUCCGAUAAUUUUCCAAGAGAAUAUUUCUGAAAACCAGGUCCCAUUCGCAAUCGGUCUUGGCAACUUUUUCGUGGGUAUAACCGGAUUUCUCCGGCCACCGUUUAUCGGUGUUUUCAAGGACACUUUCGGGAACUACGAUGGACUCUUCUUCUCUAUGGGAGUCAUCUGCAUAGCUUCGGCAUCAUUAUGGUCAUUGGAACCUCUAAUUAUAAGGAGCCGGAGAAAAUCCAAGAAAGCAGAAGCGAUGAAAGCAGUGAAUGCCGGAGCAUCGAUCGAGCAAGAUCCUCUGGUAUCCGCUUGA